AAAAUCUCUUCUUCCCAUAAAAUAGGAAUUAGAGAGAGAGGGAGAGAGGAGAGAGGAUAGUAGUAGUCUUCUCCUUUAUUGUUAUUAUUAUAUUUGUUCUUUCUUUCUUUCUUUCUGUAAUUCUUCCUAAUAUUUAUAUAUAAGCUAAAAGUCCCUCCACUGGUACUCUCUCUUUACGUCUCCUUCACAAAUUCUGCUGCUCCAUUCCCAUGCACAGUAUACUGUUGUCUACGGAAGCUUGAGGUUGCACUUUUGCAGAAUAUAUUCCAACUCGUGUAGCAUACAUAUACAUACAGCCUAUAUCUAUAAAGUGAGUACCCGUUUCUUCCCUUUCCUUUUCUGCCUUCCAAAUAUAUCUUCUUCUUCGUUAGCUCCAAGAGUGCCGUAGCUAAACAGGGGCUUUGAUAUAGCUUUGGAGCAUGGCUUUUGUUUGACAGAGUACAUGCACUAAGGCGGUUGCUGUGAGAUUGAAAAGAAGAAGAUCUGCAUAAUUUCUGAAACAUAUACAUAUAUAAAGAGAGAGAGAAAUGGGAUUUCUUGAUCUCCUGGUUGUAGCACUAGUGCCGGUACUCGAGGUUCUCAUAGUUACAGGUAUCGGAUUGUCUCUUGCUCUAGAUCGUAUAGAUCUCCUUGGACCCAAUGCAAGACACAAUCUCAAUAAUCUUGUGUUCUAUGUGUUCAGUCCCGCUCUCGUGGUCAGCCAACUCGGCGAGACUAUUACAUUUUCAAGUUUGGUUUCCUUGUGGUUUAUGCCAGUAAAUAUCCUGCUUACAUUCAUAAUAGGGUCUGCACUCGCUUGGGUUCUUAUUAAAAUCACUAAGACCCCGCCGCAUCUCCAAGGCCUUGUCAUUGGCUGUUGUUCUGCUGGGAAUUUGGGAAACUUGCUUCUCAUAAUUGUUCCAGCAGUCUGUGAGGAAUCAAAUAGUCCCUUUGGAGAUUCAACCACGUGUUCUACUUAUGGAGAAGCUUAUGCAUCUCUUUCUAUGGCAGUAGGAGCUGUGUACAUAUGGACCUAUGUGUAUUUUAUCAUGCGAAUAUAUGCAGACAAGAGUAAUGAAGCCGUUGACACAAACGAGAGUUUCAGGGAAUCAUUGCUUCCUUCAAGGGACAUUCCUGCUUCCAGUAGCAAUUCACUUCAUGCUCAGCUUCUAAGAAGUGCAUCUUCAGAAAAAGAGUCUUUUAUAGAGAGAACUUUCCAGCGAAUUAAGAAUUUUGCAGGAAAGGUCGACCUGAAGAUGGUUUUUGCACCUUCUACAAUAGCAGCUAUAAUCGGAUUCACAAUCGGGUCAGUCUCUGCAAUCCGAAAGUUGAUCAUCGGUACUAGUGCUCCUCUUCGUGUGCUUGACAGUUCUGCAGCAUUGCUCGGAGACGCAACAAUUCCAUCCAUGACCCUUAUAGUAGGAGCAAACCUUCUUAAAGGCUUGAAAAGAUCAGGAGUGAGCAUGUGGGUGAUCGUUGGAAUAAUAAUGGUGAGGUACGUAUUGAUGCCUGUGAUGGGCAUUGGUGUGGUUAAAGCAGCGUACCAUUUUGGGAUGGUUGGAUCAGAUUCAUUGUAUCAAUUUGUUCUGCUGCUUCAGUAUGCACUUCCACCAGCAAUGACAGUAGGAAUUAUAGCACAGCUUUUCCAGGCUGGGGAAAGUGAAUGUUCUGUGAUAAUGCUGUGGAGUUAUGCUGUGGCUGGAUUUGCUCUUACCCUUUGGUCCACUUUCUACAUGUGGCUUCUCCAGUAAUUUGAUUUUCUACCUGCCCAUAUAAAAA